AUGCCUUUAAAAUUAUUCAAUAAAAAAGGAGGUGGUAAUCAGCAUACAGUAAAACUAAAAAUCGAUUUAAUCUCAAAUGUUUCAUAUGCAUUUGAUAAAGGUACAGAAUUCGAAAUAGAAUGGAAAAGAGGUGCACACAGAGGAGUUUUACCAAAUGUUUAUAUGUUAAAUGAUGGCGAUAUUAAACCACAAACUCAAUUUCUUAUUCCGUGUCAAUUAAUAAAACAAAAAUCAGACUCUGGUGAUUCCGAAUUUGCUUCAAAAAGCUUAAUUAUAAAUUUAAGAAAGGUCGAGGGUAAAAAGAAAGGGUCAACCAAAAUAUCAACACUUCAAAUAGAUUUAUCACACAUGGCAAAUAAACCUGAUCCAGAAAAAGAAAAACAAUACUCAUCAACAAUGAAGGGUGUUAUAGACCAAGAUUUCAAACCAUAUAUCGAAUUUACAGCAUCUGUAUACAAAGGACAUUUAACCCCAGAUGACUUUGAAGAUAGCAAAGUAUUUUUAAAUAACGAAAUACCGCAUGAAGAUAAUUCAGUAACCCAUUCAUUAUAUUCAGAUAGAAGAGGCUCCAUAUCAAGUGUUUCUAGCGAGGUAUCCGAGUAUUCCAAUAUACAAGAAACUACUUCAGAAAUUAACCAUAUUGAAAAAAAUCCAACCCCAAAAGAGGAUGAAGAUAAUAGCGAUCCAUUUGAUUUUAGUUUCAAUUCAUCACAACCUGCAGAAUUUUCAAGAAAGAGUCUUAGAAACUCCGUUACAUUAGAAGAAAGUGAUCCUCUUCAAAGCCCCCACGAAACUCCAAUUUUUUCAUCUGACGAAGAUCGUAAAAAAAACUCACCAACAUUGCAAACACCACAAAGUCCAAAUGUUAUUUCACCAACCUACUCCUCCAGAUCAGAGUCUUUUAAUAACUUGGACAAUCCAGAGGUCUCUCCAUCUAUUCCCCAAACACCCUCAAAGUCUAAAAAAUUCUCUUUAUUCAAAUCAAAGAAAGGAAAGAAUGAAAGCCCAGACUCAAACCAAAGAAAAGGAAAACCAGAAAACCAAUCAAUUUCAAAACUAAAAGAAACAUCAGGUUUUGAUGAUUUAUCAUCUGGGAGUGGUAGUGAUACCGAAAGUGUUGGGUCCAAUGGUAAGGAAAAAUCAGGUAGAAUUUGGAAAAGAAGACAUUCUACACCAAAUGUUGGGUUCUUUUCAAUCAAAUCAUUUAAAGAAAAAGAAAAAUUAAAAGAAAAAGAAAAGGAAUUUGCCAACACCCCAUCAACCGAUUUUGGUAAUUUAACAAUUAAUGAAACCGAUGAAAACAACUUUAUUAAUGAAAACAACGAUUUAAAUAAAAACAGCUCACUGGGAAAAGACCAUGAUGUUUCAAAAAAAGAAAAAAAGAGCAAAAGUCACAAAAAGAAAGGCUCAGUCGAUUCAAACUCAUCCAGCUCUCCACCAGGUAAAGAUAAAUCAAGAAAGAAUUCAAAAGAAAAAAACCUUUUGGGUAAAAUAUCCUCAACACUUUCAUCAAAUAGUGCCAUUAACUCAUCCGACUCAAAAGAUGCUUUACAAUCCUCAUUAGUCUCUAGAAAUCUGGAUGAAAAGAUUAAAUUCAUUGUUGACGAUAUGAUUGUUAAUAAAAGACCCGAAUAUGUCGGCAAUGUCCCACUCUCUGGUAUUAUAAUAUAUAAAUGCCUAUUUGAAUGGAAAGAACUAUCGCCACAUAAUAACAAAUGCCUAACUCAUGUUAUCGAAACAUUUGACUCUAUGACCCAGAAAAAGAACAUGGGUAAAGAAAAAUCAUUUUAUUGGUUAUCAUCUUUAUAUACACUAGGAUUUUUAUUAGAAAAAUCAUAUGAAAAGGGUAAAGGAACUGAAAAGUCACCAAGCUUUACACUUUCAAAUAAUAGUGAAACACAGAAUUUGAAAUUAUUUAUAAAUCUAUCACAUCAAUAUCAAAAAGCAUUUUGGUCAUUGUAUUGGGAUAAUAUCAAAAUCGAACUAGAUAAAGUUAUGGGCAGAGUAGUCGAGCAAAUCAAGGCAAAAGAAUAUGAACAAAGUCCAAUUUAUAUGAAUUUCCUUUUAUCAAUGCUAGAUUUCUUUGAAAAAAGAUUACCAUUCCAAUCAUUAUGGCCAAAUUUAUUCAAACAAAUUUUCUUUUAUACAAAUGGAUAUUUAGUAAACAAAUAUUUAACUGACAACUCGAUAUCAAAUACAAACAAUGCAAUCUAA